CGAUAGUGCUGAUCUAUUCCUUUUAGUUUUCCCACUACACUAUUUCUUUUAUCUGACCCUCCGACGCUGCCGAUAUGCCCAUUCCUUUUGGUUUUUCCCACUAUACUCUUUUUCUUUGUCUGACCCCCGACACUGCCGAUUGCCCACUCCCUUUUGAUUUUUUGCCGCGCGACUCCCGACCUGCCCUCUUCCUUUUGGUUUUGUCGGACCCCUCCUCCCCCCGACGGUGUUGUAAAGGUACAUGUUUACAAGGGAUUACAAGCCCCGACGGUGACUGGGGUUUAACUACUGAUAUAUGUAAUACAGCUUAGCCAAAACCAUAGUUCGGCUCCCAAAAAUAUGAAUACUUUGUCGUGUCGACAAUAGGUUGCACGACCAUAUGCAUGAAUAAAAACACAAAGAAAUUAAUUAACAUUAUUUACAAACGCAUAAAUCAUUGCUAGAAUUUAAGUGGGGACUUGAGAAUUUAUUAAAAAUUCUAUGGGUAAACUAUCUUAACUAAUGAGAUUUCCAAUUAAUAUUUUAGCAAUGAAAUGCAUUGCUUACAAAAAUACGUAUAUAACCUUUGGUAAACGCUACUUGAUUAAAUUUUGUUUAUCUUAUUUAAUACUGAAUAUGUAAUAAUAAAUACUUUUCAUUUAUCCAUAAGGCCCGACAGUAAAUAACCAAAUGGUAAAGAUCAGGGAUGCCUCCGCGUUUUAAAAAUCAACAGAUAAACUCGGAAGUGGACGACCAAAAAAGGCAGAAUUCUGCGAAGGCUGGAGCUUUCAAUAUUGGAGACCGGACUAAGAGGGUGGUACUAGUAGAAUCGAGAUUUCAAUAACCGAGAUUUUUGUUUGAGAUAUCUUCUCAGUCCGAUUUCUAAUAAAAUCCCCCGUUCGAACCAUUUCUUAAUCAAAAUUAAUUUUGACAAUAAAUUACACUCGCUUUGUGUUUAUUUCCAAAUUUAUCACUUUUUCUCCUCCUUCCAUUAUUUUUGUAACAAAUUUUCUUUCAACACUUCAUCAUCUUUACUGCACAUUUUUACAUUUAUUUCUUGUAUUCCCCCCCCUCUCUUAUAAUUAUAAAAAUAUUUCUUUUUUGCAUUUCUUUCAUCAAGGAAUUACAAUUAGAGUCGUAUCAGUCUAGAAAGGAUUAUGAAACUCUCA